CCUUAUCCACUCUCCCUUUUCUCUCCUACACCACCAAUAUCUCCCCAAGAAUCUAAAAACCUGCCCUCCACACUCUCCCCUCCAGAUCUUCUCCUUCCUCUCUGCUCCUCAUCACAAUCCCAUAACCCAAAGAAAAAAAGAGAGGAAAAAAAACAGAAAGAAAAAAAAUAUGUCUCUCACAAUUCCCACUAACCUCUCAAAACCCAUGUUGAAGCCAAAACUCAGCUCCCCAUUGGCCACAAAACUGCCAAGGACCAUGGUCUUCUGCUCAGCCUCUCAAACUCCAAACCCUACCCCAGAGAAAAUAUCCACUGCAUCACCAAUGCAGGCUUUCUCUGCUGCACUUGCCCUGUCCUCCAUCCUACUGGGCUCAGCUCCCAUGCCUGCAGUGGCAGACAUCUCAGGUCUCACCCCAUGCAAAGACUCCAAGCAGUUUGCCAAGCGUGAGAAGCAGCAGAUCAAGAAGCUUGAGUCUUCACUGAAGCUCUAUGCACCUGACAGUGCACCAGCCCUGGCCAUCAACGCCACCAUAGAGAAGACUCAGAGGAGGUUUGCCAACUAUGGCAAGCAGGGUUUGCUCUGUGGCUCUGAUGGGCUUCCUCAUUUGAUUGUCAGCGGUGACCAGAGGCACUGGGGUGAGUUUAUCACCCCCGGCAUUCUGUUCCUGUACAUUGCUGGGUGGAUUGGGUGGGUUGGCAGGAGCUACUUGAUUGCCAUCAGGGAUGACAAGAAGCCAACGCAGAAGGAGAUCAUCAUUGAUGUGCCUUUGGCCACUAGCUUGGUUUUCAGAGGCUUCAUCUGGCCUGUGGCUGCUUACAGAGAGCUCGUGAACGGUGAACUUAUUGCCAAGGACGUUUAAGCUUUUGGGUUGGCUUUCAUUUGUUCUGAAUUUCUUGUAUAAUUUGUAAAAUUUUACUUGGAAUUAUUAUAUGUACCAAAUGCUUGUGUUUCAAA